UCUAAUUUGUAAAUUAUGGUAAAGGUAAUAAAAACUCCACUUUUUAGUUUUUACUUUUUAUUUCCUUACUUCCUUCUUACCCAAAUUUCUUUUUAUUAGUUAUAUAUAUACGCGUAUUGCGUACAGCUGUUAGUAAAAUACUAUAUAAAUGUAUAGUGCUUACCAGGAUGUUCAUGUAAAAAACAAAUGAUUACCUACACAUAAAGACUUGUAAUGGAUAGAAACAUAAAAUUCUGAGUUAAAUAAACCAUUCUAGUGAACCAUGUCGAUACCUCCAUUAGUUUGUAAUACUCCACCACCACCUGACCAAUGUGAUGACGACAAAGAUGAUGUCGAGGGAUUUGAUUUACGAUAUAAUUUAUCACAAGAGGAUGAUGAUGACGAUUAUGAUUAUGAAAAGCAGUAUUCUUCCUAUUCUAGCAGCAUUAUUGUAUCAGAUAAUAUAAAUAAUUCAGAAAAACCAAUAGAAAACCUUAAUCAUGAUAACAGUGAACAUGCAAAUAAUAUCAGCAAUGAGACACCAUUUUCUUUGAAAAUACCAAUAAUAGCUGAAGAUGUCUCAAUUCAAGUUUGUACAGCACUGGAAGAUCUCAAUUUAAAAAUAGAAAAUGAAGUUGUAAUCCCUGAUACAAUCAGCGAAAGUGAGAGAACCGUUUCUGAAUGCCAAGAUGUAUGUACAGAUAGCAUAAACAAAUCAAAAAAUGAGGACCUUGAAGAAGUAGUUAGGAUAGAUAAUGAUAGAAUCUUGCAUAUAAGUAGCCCUGCAGUACUUAGAGAUGAUAAUGAGUGUUUAGGACUUGAGACUGAUUUACCUGAUACAAAUGCUCCCAGUAGUGCAACCGAUGCUAACAUAUUUGAAAAAAAAUUAAAUACAGAACUUCAAGAAACUGUUAAUAACAGUGUAAGUGGUAAUACAUCAGCCAUAGCAGAAGAUAAUUUUGAUGACUUUGAGGACUUUCAAUUUUCUCAUCAUACAGACACAGAAAAACUUGAUGAUAAUUUCAAUAACCCUUGGCAAGAUGAUAGUAAUGACACUCCUAACUUUAGCGAAUUUCAGGCUGACUUUGACAAUGAAAAUUUACAAAGUCCAUCUAAAACUCUUGAAGGUAAUGUUGAUAAUACACAACAUUCAACAGAGGAAAUUGGUGAUUUGGAUGAUGACUUUGGAGAUUUUGAUGAUUUCAGAUCAUCCAAAGACACAAAUUCUGAAGCAGAUCCAAUUCCAAGUGCUAUAAAUAUAAUUAACUUCCAUAGCAAUGAAACACAAAUUCUAGAAAGUAUUGACAAAAUUUUACUAUCUGUGUUCACUGAAGAAAUACCGGAACCUGAGGAAGCAGUACACAGUAACCUGCUAACUGUUGCAAGUGCAACAUGGCAUCAUUUAAAAGAAGUGGACAUAAGACAACCGUACAUAAUUAACUGGAAUACAUCGUUGGGACAAAAAAGUCUUUUGAAAGCCCUAUGCAUUGAUUCAAGAAAUAUUUUAUUUGUACCAAAAUGGAAUAGCAGUACUCCGAAAUAUGCUGCCAAUGUUAGUGUUUCCCCUCUUCAACCUCAGAAACCAAUACAUAACCAUACAACAGCAACAACCUCAAAUACACCACAAACUGAAACCACGAACCAGGAUCAAGUUACGAGCAAGGAGUCAUGGAUGGAUCCGUUUAAUUCCAAUGGACAUGAAUCUUCAAGUAAGGAAGGUGAAAAAGCUACAAGUGAAAUUAAGACUACUGUUGAUGAACUCGAAAACACAGUUUCAGUAAUAAAUUUAAAUAAAAUACAUUCCAGUACAUUGAGUGUACAGCCCUUGCGUCAAAUCAAUUUGCCUGAUACUCACAUAUUUACUCCCGUUGAUUCGGAAGAACCCAGGUCUAAGACGAUUCAUUAUGGUGAUGGACCAGUUCUGAUACCUAAUAAGAAAAUAGAAAGCGAUAAAGAUUCUAUUCCACAGAAUACAGAAACAAAACAGGAUGAAGAUGAUUGGGAAUUUCAAAAUUUUAAAGGUGGCUCUGGUUCAUCCAUGCCUGUCUGUGAAACUUCGGUAGAAAAAAGUAAGGCACAGGAUACAGAUGUAAGGCAAAUUCAAGAAGGAAUAACAUAUCAAACUCAAAUAUUGCAACCAGUAAAAGUUGAGCCUGUGAUACCAACAUUGAACUGGCCUGAUCCAGGCGAAGUUAAAGAGACAUUCGAUGAUUUUACUCAUUUCGCAAAUAGCACUGCUUGGAACGAAGAAACUGAAAACACACCACAAAUAAGUAACACAAAACCAACUGAAAACAAGGAUGUAAUUCAAAGCAUUACUAAUGUCGAUGAUGAAUUUGAUAAUUUUCAGACAGCACCAAAUCUAUCUAGUUGUAUUGUAAGCAGUACACUUACCGACAAGAUACAGGCAAACAAAACAGAAUUGCAAAUUAAUAAUAUAAAGGCUGAGGCAACGGAUAUAUCUAAAAAACCAGUUAAUUCAUACCUGAACACAAACAAGUACAAAGAUAGUAUGAAUUUGAGUUCAAACCUAACUAUUCAUUCAAACAUUUUGCAACCCAUAAAUGCAGCUUCAAGUGCAACAAAUUUGUAUACUCAGAAAAGUGGACAAAUUUUACAACCACUGUCACUAGAAGGAUAUUCUCAAAUCAAUUGGCCACAACCUGGCGUAGAUUUACAAGAUCUCUCGUGUUUUAAUCCAUUAGAAAGUUUACAAUCGUUGAAAAGUAAUUCGGGCUCCAGUGGUACUAGUAAAGUUGCUACCCCAGAACACAUAAAAUCUAAUUCUAUACAUAAUGAUAUGUCUGACGAUGAUGUUUGGGGUGAAUUUGUAUCAAGUCAACCUCACCAAACCCCACAGAAGAAAGUGGCAGCUGGCGAUGAAGAUGAGUGGACAGAUUUUGUGUCAAAUUCGAGUGUGCAACAAAAAACAUUGAAUACUAUUAGUUUUAAUGUCCAGAGUAAUUUAAGUGUUCAAAAAGCAUCAAAUCACAGCAUUAGUGCAAAAUCGAGUCAAAUACCAAUUGAAAUUCCUACUCUUAAUUACAUCACACCAAAGUCGAGUAAUCAUGGUGUUUUUAUUGAUAAGCAUUUUCAAAAUUUAUAACACCACAUUAAAUAUUUUUACUUUAUUUUAUUGUACUUAAUAGUUUUAAAAUAUUUAUGGUAAUAUGUAAAUAUAUGGUGAUGGUACCUCGUGUUAAUUAUUAUUUUUAUUAAUUUCGAAUAUAUUACUUUAAUAACUUUGAUGUUAUUGGUUUAUCUCAAAGUAUAAUACUGUCCAUAGAUUGUUAACAUUUUUUAAAUUAUAUUCAUUAUUAUCACAAUAAAAAGUAUUAUUGGAUAUUUUAGUCACCGGUUAAUUAUAAGAUUUACUUAUAAUAUACUAUUUAAAGCAAUAAUUAUUGUAAAUAUACUUCUGUAUAUAUUGUUUAUUUUGAAUUUGUAAAUUUUCUUCUAAUAUUUUGGUAAGCAUAACACAGUGAUAUAUUUAAUUUCAUUAGAAAUGUAUAUUGUAUGUAAUAAUAAUUUAUGUAGCCAAAUGGAGCUUAAAUAUAAGCGUGUUGAGUUAUUAAAUAUGUAAUUGAAUGAGUUGAAAAAUAAAACCUAAACAUAAUUUUA